AUGGUAUCGGGGCGAGAGAAGGGCGUCGACGACGCGCUCUCGUCGGACGAAACCCUUCUCCUUCCCGCGCUGGACGACGACUUCGGCACGGAACGCGGCGGCGAGAAGCGGCUCCAGGCGCUCAGACUCGCCGCGGGGCGGUGGGUCAUCCCCCCCCACGAGCUCAAGCUCGGACGACGCAUCGGCGAGGGCAGCUUUGGCGAGGUGUUCACCGCCGAUUGGAACGGCACGGAGGUGGCGUUGAAGCAGACGCACGAUAAGGUGCUCUCGAAGGACACCGCGGAGGAGUUGAGCGGGGAGAUUCGCAUGAUGCAAGGGAUGCGGCACCCGAACAUCGUGUUGUUCUUGGGCGCGGUCAUCGAAUCGCCGAGGGUGUCGAUCGUGUGCGAGCUCAUGCCUCGAGGGUCGCUGCACUCGUUGCUUCACGGGAAGGCGCGCGGCGGCGUGGAGUUGUCGCAUAACGGACGACUGCGACUGCAGAUGGCUCAGGACUGCGCGCGCGGGAUGAGCUACCUGCACUCGCGCGCGCCCGCGGUCGUGCAUCACGACCUGAAGCCCGCGAACCUUCUCGUGGACGCGCACUGGACGCUGAAGGUGUCCGACUUUGGGAUGAGCCGGUUAAAGUACAACUCGCGCUUGAAAUCCGCGCGACGCUCCGGCGACGCCUCCGGCGACGCCUCCGACAAAGCCCCGGGCGGAACCCCGGAGUGGAUGGCGCCGGAGGGCCUCAGAAACGAGCACAGCGACGAGCGCAGCGACGUGUACUCGUUCGCGGUCAUCCUGUGGGAGCUCAUGACGUUGGAGUAUCCAUGGGAGGAGCUCUCGUCGCCCGUGCAGAUCGUCGUGCAGGUUGCGUUUUUGCACCGCAGGCCGCGACUGCCGACGUGGCUGCCCACGGAGGCGGUCGCGCUCCUGCAGCGGUGCUGGAACAAAGACCCGAACAAGCGCCCAGCGUUCACGGAGAUCUUAGAGAAGCUCAAG